GCAUAACUGUAAGGCAAUGAACUCAUAAUUGAAUUACUAAAAUCGAACGAGUAAAAUGAGUGAAUAAAAAGUUUUAAUUUUGAUAUAGAAAUAAAGAAAAAAAUCUCAGUAUCGUUUUUCAAUUAUAAAUAAAGUAUAUAAUUUUAUGUUUAGUGAAUAUUAAUAACUUGUAUUGUUUGUUGAUGUUCAUAUAUUGUUUCGUAAAUGUAGCAUGAAUAUACAUACUUAUUAGUAAUUCUUUUGUAGCUACUUUCAUAUACUAAAUAGGUUAUUUGACAUAUGUCAAAUUUCUUAUUACUGAAUUAGUGACUAAUUGGUAGAAUCGAGAAAGGGAUGAACCAAAUAAAAAGCGGUAUCAAGUAAUAAUAAAUCACGUGAAAAUGUGGUGGUAGUGAUGCGUUUAAAAGGGAAAAAUAAUACAAAAUCAUUUCAAAGCGUCUAUAAGGUGCUCUCGCGUAUAUGCCGAACUGCAGAUAAAGGACAACUUGAUGGUUUCAUGGCUGAUGGUGCAGUGCCGCCAAUAAAGAAUGGGCAUAAUUGUAAUAAUAUGGGUUUCGCAACACAACCAGUAAAACAAACUUCUGAUGUUUCUAAUACUGUUUAUGCUGUGGGGCAAUAUGCUCCAAAAGUUUUAAGGAAUUUAAAUGCCCAAAGACUAAAAAAUCAAUUUAGUGAUGUAGGCCUGGUUGCUGGUGGUAGUGUUAUUAGAGCACACAGAUCAGUUCUUGCAGCAGGAAGUGCAUAUUUUAAUGCUAUGUUUACUGGUGGUUUGGUUGAAGAACAGCAGGAGUUAGUAGAAAUUCAUUCAGUAUCAGCUAAUAUUCUUUCUCUCUUGGUGGAUUUCAUUUAUACUGGGAAUGUUGAUAUUACCCAGGAUAAUGUUCAAGAAUUAUUUGCAGCUGCUGAUAUGUUAGAAUUAGAUGAAGUAGUGUUUGGUUGCAUUACUUAUUUGAAACAGCAACUGCAUUAUUCAAAUGCUCUUGGGAUUUAUAGAUUUGCAGAAGCACAUAAUAGAUUAGAUCUUUCGGAGACUGCCCUACGCUUUAUACAAGUCAAUUUUCCUCAAGUGUCUCAAGAAGAAGAAUUUUUAGAUCUGCCGAAAGAACAUCUUGUUCAUUUUCUUAGUAGUGAUUAUAUUCAUAUUGAUACUGAAUUCCAGGUCUUCCAAGCAGCAUAUAAUUGGAUUAUUCAUGAUAUACCAACAAGAAGAUGUUAUGUAUUUGAAAUAUUAAGUCAUAUACGUUUACGAUUGUGUUCACUAGCAAGAUUGGAACGAGUUAUUUUGGAAUGUAAAGAUGCAAGUCUUAUCGUUGCAUUAAGAUCUAUACAAAAAGAUUUAGUAUCAAAUAAAGGAUGUCUUGUGCCUCUUCAUGCACAACCUAGACUUUGUGCUAAGAAAAAUAUUUUAGUGAUUGGUGGAUCUAGACGAGAACAUUCUGCAGAUAGUUGGGGAAGAGCUGCUGAAAGUACUUAUGAAACAAUUGAAAAAUAUGAUAUAUUUACAGGUGAAUGGAGUGAAGUAGCACCAAUUGGUAUAGGUCGAAUACUACCAGGAGUCGCAUUAUUAGAUGGUAAAGUUUAUGUUGUUGGCGGAGAACUUGAAUCAUGUAUUAUCGCUAAUUGCGAAUGCUACGAUCCACGUGAUAAUGUAUGGACUUCGAUUGCUUGUAUGGAAGAACCUAGGUGUGAAUUUGGACUUUGUGCCUUGGAUAAUAGUUUAUAUGCAUUUGGUGGUUGGGUGGGUGAAGAUAUUGGUGGAUCAAUAGAAAUAUAUGAUCCAAUAACUAAUUCUUGGACACUUGAUGGACAACUUCCAGAACCUAGAUUCAGUAUGGGAGUAGUUGCUUAUGAAGGAUUAAUAUAUGUUGUUGGUGGUUGUACACAUAAUAGUAGACAUCGUCAAGAUGUAAUGAGUUAUAAUCCAGUAACAAGAGAAUGGACUCACUUAGCUCCAAUGCUCACUCCGCGUUCACAAAUGGGUAUCACUAUUCUUGAUGGAUAUAUUUAUGUUGUUGGUGGUACUAAUAAAAAUCAAGAAGUUCUGACGUCCGUUGAACGAUAUUCUUUUGAAAAGAAUAAAUGGAGCACUGUUGCAUCUAUGAAUAUGGGUAGAUCAUAUCCUGCAGUUGCAGCAGCCGAUAGUCGACUUUAUGUUAUAGGAGGUGAUCAGUCUCAGGAAAUCAAUUUUUUUCGAACGCAGAUUACAAUUUCUACCGUCGAAUGUUAUGAUCCCCAUUCAAAUAAAUGGCAUGAAUGUGCAUCAUUGCCGACAAGUAGAGGUGAAGCGGCGGCAAUUGUUGCACCUUUUUGAUUGAAAUUUUUGUUCGAUCAUAUCACCUUAAUCACGUGCAUUCCCUUUUAAAUUUCAUAAUACUUGAGCAUCUAUUAAAAAUUCUUGAACGUAAAUAUGAAAUAAGAAAUAUCAAAGAAGAAACAUAUGUUUACUGAUUAUGUUCAUUUACGUCAUAUAUAGAUUUGAUGAAACAAACAUAAUCUUCAAUGUAUUUUUUUAUAGAUCAAAUUUUAAUAAUCGAUAGCAUUUUUUCUAAUGAACAUAUGAUGCAAGAGGAUUUGAAAAAAAAGAUAAAUGUUCCAUUAAUAGUACAGUGCUAUUUUCUGUACCCUUGAUAUUAUAUUAUGUAUGCUGAUUUUCAUAUAAAAUUACAUAUGUUAAAAAAAGAAUAUAUAUAUAUUUAAUAGUGAAGAAGUAGAGCUGAAACUGACUUCCAUAUAUUUUAAACACUUUUAAAAAAAUUUUAUUAAUUGUAGAAGUGACUGAAACCUUCACAUUCUAUAGUCAUUUACCAAAGUUAUAAAAAAUACGAAAUAUAAUAUUCUAUUGUAAAUUUUAUCACACUACAACGAGAGAAAAUGGAGAGUAUAUUUCUAAUAUACAUGUAAUACGUGUGAAAUGAAAUAUUCUUAUUUGUUAGUGAAAAAUACAAGUGUGAUAUAUCUAGUUUUCAUCAAAAAUGUUAAAGUUACGCGUGCUUGUGAUAUUUAUCAAUUUUAAAUCUCUAUAAAUUAUUUUCAAUAAUAAACCGUAUAUACAUA